CAAAAGUCAAAUCCGUUUAUGAAAUAACAUUCUAAAGAGUAAGAGGAAAGGAAAGUAGAAAUGCAGGAAUUAUUUUGGGAUUCAUUAUUAACCGUUGAUAGAAACACUCGUGUUGAGUCGAGAAGAUUGUGCAAUAGUUCUAAAGUUAACAUUACGUCAAAGACUGGAGCGAGAGAAGCGGCGGAUACAUUUGCGUAUGUCAUAAAUGUUUACAUCGUAAUUCCCAUUUGCGUAUUUGGAAUUAUUGGGAAUUCAUUAUCCAUAACUGUAUUACUCAACGAACUGAAACGUUAUGCAAGAAAGAACACAUCAUUGAUUCUGCUAAUGGCCCUCAGCGUCUCGGAUUUAUUACUCUUGUUUAUAGCGCCGUUUUAUUUUAGCUUUGGUAGUAUGGCGUAUUACGCUACAUGGUCGACAAUGGCGUUCCGUGACGCCUACAUCCUGAGCAGUUCGUACACGUUUACGAUAGUAGUUAUUAUUCAGACCAUAUCUAUAUGGGUGCUGGUAUUAGUUGCCGUCAAUCGUUACGUUGCCGUGUGUAGGCCCCUUCACGCCUCUAGAUUGUCAACAAUACGCAUAGUCAGGGUGGCGUUAAUACUGACUGUAUUUUUGGCGGUGGGGUUUAACGUAGUGAGAUUCUUUGAAUACAAAACAUUCACGUUUUACAGUACAACACUUUGUGUACGCAAGGUGGGAAGGUCUUUGAAUAUUCUUUCCUCCAGAGUUUACCUGUUGGCAUACAGAGCGACCACACAUAAUAUCUUUAAAGUCAUUAUCCCUAUGGUUAUGCUGGGGGUACUGAACACCAGACUUAUCAUAGAGACUAAACGUAGCACCACAUUGAGACGGUCCAUCCAGAUACACAACUACGACAAGACGAUCCCUAAACAAAAGGAUGUCCUCUCUGCAAGGAUUAUCGCUCUUAUUGUUGUAUUCUAUGUAUGUCAAAUCGGAAGUGUUGUCAUGGCAAUCUUGGACGCCAUUGACAAAUUCAACCCUGAGUUUAAACUGACUAAGAACUAUACAUACAGGUAUUGCGUCACUGUUAGCAACAUGUUGAUUUUGCUCAACUCUGCCACAAAUUUUAUAACGUACUGUUUCACCUGUCAACAUUUUAGAAAAACACUGAUGGCGAUUUUUAGAGGAAACUCAAACGUCGGAAAGACGAAGGUGUAUGCAAAUCAAAGUUGUUAUAAUAACGGAGUGCAUCCCGGAACUCGUCGAAGAAAGUUAGCAAUUAUAGACAAUAACAUGCCCGACGUACAAUUUAAUAUCAAUAAAUCAAAUUAUUCUAAUGUUACAUUCCAAGAUGACAAUGAAACUGACAAUAAUCAAAGAUUAGAUGAUAAAUCUACUACAACUGCAUUGGCCUCCUCUGGUUGUGAAGUAGAGAAACAAACAACAUUAUCAAACACUACUUCAAACUCAACAAAAGAAACAGACGACGACAAUAACUUUGAUAAGACAGACACGAUUGAAGAAGAUUGGAGCCUGACUGCGGCUUUGAGAAAAGCUAAUGCUAAAUGUAGACGUACAUCCUUGGCUGAAUUAGAUAUUAAUCAUUUCAUCAUUGAUCCAAGGUAUGCAAAUAAUCAAAUUCCCCAUAUCAACUCCAACCAAACAAUGGGAGUUCAAUUGAAAAGAAUUUCAAAGGUUUCUCCAGAUGGAAAAAACAGUGUACUGUACGAGGAACAAACACCUAGAACUUCCUUCAUGAUAAACUCAGUUGAACAAAGUUUUAUGUUUUUAAAUGAUCAUAAAACAAGCUUUGAUUUGCAAGCUGAGCGUGUUAUACCUGCUGAUGGGGAGUCAUAUCACGAUAUCAUCUCAGAAAAAUCUCUCAAUAUUAAUGUGCUGGUGUCCAGUAUUGAUAAAAUGAAACACACGUGGCUUUAAAAUCCAGCCCAUUAUAUUAUCAAUGUGAUCCAUCUCGAGAAAAAUAUUUUCAAGAGUUACUAUUUUCAGAAAAUGUUUGUAGUUAAUCAAUAAGUAAUGUACAUUAGCUUCCAAACGGCUUGAACAUGAAGUUUAAAAACGCAGGGCUUUGGCUUGCCAUACUUUUAGAUGGGAGUGUAAGGUUCAGUUAACUACUUGUUAAUUUGGGGAAUUAUUC